UGUGCAGCGAUGCCGCCUGGCGGAUUUAUUCAGUACUGCAGUACACGCAGAGAUUUGUGGGAUAGCUACAGCCGCUAUUCCGUGAUUUUGUGGGAAGGUUUCAGCACAGAGACCUUUCCCUUCCACCAGUGCAGUUUCGCAGCCAAGUUAUGUCACAGAGGUCGACUCCACGUCCUGGAGCUUUGCAGAACAAUAUGCCGUUUACAACGACUGCACACGGGAACCCUGCCUACAACCCUAUCCGCUUUACCGGCAUGCCUACCAUCAAGGGUGGUCAAGUGGAGAUGCCCAAGCCCCCAAAACCCCCCGACAAACCACUGAUGCCUUAUAUGAGGUUCAGUAGGAAGGUGAGUAAAAAGGUUUGGGAGCAGGUGAAGGCCCAGCACCCCGACCUCAAGCUAUGGGAGAUCGGCAAGAUUAUCGGCCAGAUGUGGAGGGACCUCACCGAGGAGAAAAAACAGGAAUACCUGGACGACUAUGAAGCUGAGAAGAUUGAGUACAAUGAGAACAUGAAGGCAUACCACAACUCUCCUGCCUACCAGGCCUAUGUGGCAGCCAAGGACAGAGCGGAGAGUUUACAGCAGCAGAUGCAGCAGCAGCAACAGCGCGAGCGACAGAAGCAGGAGGCACGACAGUCCAUCCAGCCUGCCGAGGACGAGGAUGUUAGCCUGAGUAUCCAGCCGGCUGAGGACAAGGAUGAUUACGAUGAUGGCUUCUCGGUCAAGCACAUCGCCACCGCCCGCUACCAGCGCAAUCAUCGCCUCAUGAACGAGAUUUUCAGCGAGGCCGCCGUGCCUGACGUCCGUACCGUGGUGACCAGCGCUCGGAUGAACGUCCUCAAACGCCAGGUCCAGUCUCUUAUGGUCCACCAGAAAAAGCUGGAAGCGGAGCUGCUUCAGAUUGAAGAGCGUUUUGAGAACAAGAAGAAACGCUUUCUCGAGGACAGUGAUAACUUCAACCACGAGCUGAAAAAGAUCUGUGCCCAGAAGGUGGAGAUUGACCAUGACAAGAUCAUGCAGGACGUGAAAGACCAGAUAGAGAAGCAGAAGAUCUUGAAACAACAGCAACUGGAAGAACAGAAGAGAAAAGAAGAAGAGAAGAAGAUCGAAGAGGAGAAGAAAAAGGCCCAGGAGGCUGCUGAAGCAGAGAAGAAGGCGGAAGAAGCAGCAAAGGAAGGUGAGAAAACAGAAGAAAAAGAAAAUGAAGGUCCAGAAACCGACCAAUCACAAGACAGCAAGACAGCUGAUGAUACAGACAAGAAAGAAACUGACCAAUCAGAGAAGCCAGUCAGCAGUGCUGAAGCAAAGGCAGCUGACCAAUCAGGUGAUAAAGGAACUGACCAAUCAGAGGACAGUAAUCUUUCGAAUGACACAAUGGUCAGUAAAAGCGACCAAUCAGAGAGCGAGAAGGAUGAAGGUGGUAAGUCUGACAAAGAUGGUGCCAAAUCUGACAAAACAGAGAAGAUGGAUGUUGACCAAUCAGCAGAAAGCAAAGAGGAAAAGGACCAACCAGAAGCCAGCAAAAACGGAGAAGAAAAGGGAGAAGAGAAAGAGGCAGAUGACACAGAAAGUCAGGAUACAGUUCUAAGUCAGGAUACAGAGAGCCAGGAAGAACCCAUGGAAACAUAAAACAAAACUACAUGUUAUUUUUUUACUUGUCAACAACAUGUACUAGUAGUAGCUGGUGUGUAUAUUGUAAUGAAAUCUUCAGUCCUGAAAAUGUGGUUUUGACAGAUUAUGUACAUGUAAAAGUUGAGUUUGACAUGUAGUCACUAACCAACAUGAUCAUAUUUAAACAUAACUUCUCAUUGCCAUUAUUCUCAAAACAUCCUAGUAGACAAACAUAAAGCUAUGUUAAAAGCUACUUUUUUUUUAAGCAUCUGGAACAAAGAAUUUCUGAAGAAAAAGGAUGGCAUAUUGCUGUAAAUGUUGCCCUGUACCCAAAAGUGAUAAUGUUUUGUGUUAGUUUCAUUGAUAAGUUAUAUAAAAAUUUAGAUUUCUAGUGCCAUAUUAUUACUGGUAAUAUUGUAAAACAUAGUUGUAGAUGUUUAGGUAUUAUGCUCACUGCUUGUAUGGAAGUGUGAGAACAGCAAUGCGAUACCCUAGAACAGUAGUGUGAUACCCUAUAUUGUCCAUUCCUGUCCCCUUUUCACUGUGAACCAUUUAGCUAAAACAGUGGAAUAAAGACAUGACAGUAUCA